ACAGAUAGUGGCAACACUAAUCACUGCAAUAAAAAAAAAAGUCAAAAUGGCAGCGGGACCAAUUGCCGAAAGAAAUCAAGAUGCCACUAUAUAUGUGGGAGGAUUGGACGACCGGGUAUCAGAAACAUUGCUCUGGGAGCUAUUUGUUCAAGCAGGACCUGUAGUCAAUGUGCACAUGCCAAAGGACAGAGUCACACAAACACACCAAGGCUAUGGUUUUGUUGAGUUUAUGGGAGAAGAAGAUGCAGAUUAUGCUAUAAAGGUUAUGAACAUGAUAAAGCUAUAUGGAAAGCCUGUAAGAGUAAACAAAGCAUCAGCUCAUCAAAAGAAUCUUGACGUUGGGGCAAAUGUCUUUAUUGGCAAUUUGGACCCAGAAGUAGAUGAAAAACUUUUAUAUGACACAUUUUCAGCAUUUGGAGUUAUAUUACAGACACCAAAGGUGAUGAGAGAUCCAGAAACAGGCAAUUCCAAAGCAUUUGCAUUUAUCAAUUUCGCUUCGUUCGAAGCCUCCGACGCCGCAAUAGAGGCGAUGAACAAUCAGUAUCUAUGUAACAGACCAAUUUCUGUGUCAUAUGCGUUUAAGAAAGAUGUUAAAGGUGAAAGACACGGAUCGGCUGCAGAGAGGUUACUUGCAGCACAAAAUCCACUAUCACAUGCGGAUCGUCCUCACCAGUUGUUUGCGGAUGCGCCGCCAAGCAUGAUGGGACCAGUAUUAAUGGCCCCACCUCCGCCCCCUACACCAACACCAAUGCCACCCCCUGGGCCACCUAUGGGGGCUCGGCCACCACCACCAUUACCAAUGUCAGCACCUCCGCCGCCUCCAUCCUCAAUGCCACCACCUGGUCCGCCUCCUCCACCUGGACCACCACCUCCACCGCCCCCAUUCCAUCACUUUCCCCCGCCAUUUGGACCCCCGGGAUUCGGUCCGCCACCACCACCUGGUGCCAGACCGCCACCUCCAUGGCGACCUCCUCCACCCUCUUUCAGGCCACAAUUCCCCCCACGUGGACCACCUCCAUUCGGUCACCCGCCAUUCCCCCCGCACCACCCGCCUGAACCUAACUAUAAUUAUUAAGUGAAAUUAGAUAAUUAAAUUCUAUAU